CUGGAACUGGGCAAGCAUUUGCAGCACAGUGGAGGAAGUGUAGAUAGAGAACGCUGAUGUGUUUAUUGUUAAAGUUUAUACAUACUGGUGUGAUACGCUAGUCAGGUGCCCCAAGAAGCCCUUGUGUGUAGCGCUGUCCUCUCUGCACACCAGUAUGGUGUCUCCCUCCAUCUGUGCCCAGAAGCUCUUGUCCUUCUUUCCAUUCCUGCUUGUUCUGUUUGAUCUGCAGUAUGAAGGUGUGCAAUGUGGAUUAAAUGCAGAUGUUGACAGACAUCUGGAAAUGGGAAAAAAAUUAUUAGCUGCAGGGCAGCUGGCAGAUGCAUUAUCUCAUUUUCAUUCUGCUAUAGAUGGAGAACCAGAUAACUACCUGGCAUACUAUCGAAGAGCCACCGCAUUCCUGGCUAUGGGCAAAUCAAAAGCUGCAAUUCCUGACUUAAGUAGAGUAAUUGAACUGAAGCCAGAUUUUACAUCAGCAAGAUUACAAAGAGGGCAGCUAUUGCUGAAACAAGGAAGGCUGGAUGAAGCAGAGGAUGACUUCAAAAAAGUGAAAUUGUGUUUUGCUUCAUCAACAUCCGGCCACUCAUUGGAAGUAGAACGCGCACCUUGUGGUGGGAGGCUGUCCCAGAGCCCUUAAAGGGACAUAACCCCCCCCCCCAAAAAAAAACAUCAAUAACAUAAACUCAGUAUGCAAAUUAAACUAAUAUUACAAAUGUA